AUGGCUCGAUCGACUGAAAUAUUUCAUUUUAAAAUAUUGAUCAUCGGGGAGUCUAGUGUUGGAAAAAGUAGUUUAAUGACUCGUUUUGUUGAUCAAACAUUUCAAUCAACGUUUAUUCCAACCGUCGGAGUUGAUUUUAAAGUUAGAACAUUAAUUGUUGACGAUUACCAGUGUAAAGUACAAAUAUGGGAUACAGCCGGUCAAGAACGUUUUCGAGUAAUAACAACGACAUACUAUCGUGAUGCAUCGGGUGUAUUAAUUGUUUAUGAUGUCACAAAUGGUGAUACAUUUUCGAAAGUUCGUCGAUGGAUCGAUGAAAUUAAUAAACAUUGUGAUGAAACGAUAGCAAAAGUUUUAGUGGGCAAUAAAGAUGAUAGUGAUGUUUCAUCGAAUAAAGUUGUAUUGACUGAAGAUGCUCAACAAUAUUCCAAACACAUGGAUUUAGCUUUCUAUGAAACGAGUGCUAGAGACAAUAAAAAUGUUGAUAAAGCAUUCUACGAAGUAACACGUUUAGCACUUAAAAACCGUUUAGAAUCUCGAUUAAUCCAAAAUAAAAAUCAAGCAAAUUAUUCAAGUAAAGACAAUCUAAAUUCGAAAGCAGCAUCGAUCAGAUUAAAAAAAAAUGUCUUUGGAGGAAGUGGGAAAAAAUAUAAAAAAGAUAAAAAUAAGAAUGGUGGUUGUUGUAAAAGUGGAUGA